AGCGAACUUCCCAUGACUAACAAAUGCUGGCCUAGAUUAUGAGCUCAAACAAGAACACUCGCUACAAUCGUUUCUCCAGUGGCACAACAAACAUCACUACUGCUGAAAACACUAACGGGACAAGAAUGGAAACAACUUUUGGGCCAGCCUACUCUGCUGUGACAACCAUCACAAAGGCUGAUGGGACCAAUACUUUCAAGCAGCACCGUCGGACCCCGUCCUCCUCCAGCACACUCACCUACUCCCCCCGCGACGAGGACGAUGGCAUGCCUCCCAUCAGCACCCCGCGCCGCUCGGACUCGGCCAUCUCUGUCCGCUCGCUGCACUCCGAGUCCAACAUGUCCCUGCGCUCCACGUUCUCACUGCACGAGGAAGAGGAGGAGCCAGAGCCACUAGUGUUUGCUGAACAACCAUCUGUGAAGCUGUGCUGCCAACUGUGCUGUAGUGUGUUUAAGGAUCCAGUCAUCACAACCUGCGGGCACACAUUUUGUAGAAGAUGUGCCUUAACAUCUGAGAAGUGCCCCGUGGACAACGCCAAGCUGACGGUGGUGGUGAACAACAUCGCGGUGGCCGAGCAGAUCGGGGAGCUCUUCAUCCACUGCAAGUACGGCUGCCGCCCGCCCGCCAGCAGCAAGCCCGCUGCCUUCGAGGUGGACCCCCGUGGAUGUCCCUUCACCAUUAAACUGAGUGCCAGGAAAGACCAUGAGAGCAGCUGUGAUUACAGGCCAGUUCGCUGCCCCAACAACCCCAGCUGCCCACCUCUCCUGAAGAUGAACCUGGAGGCACAUCUGAAGGAGUGUGAGCACAUAAAGUGUCCCCACUCCAAAUAUGGGUGCACAUUCAUAGGGAACCAAGACACUUAUGAGACCCACUUGGAGACCUGCAAGUUCGAGGGUCUGAAGGAGUUCCUGCAGCAGACAGAUGAUCGUUUCCAUGAGAUGCAGGUGGCAAUGGCCCAGAAGGACCAGGAGAUUGCCUUCCUGCGCUCCAUGUUGGGGAAGCUCUCCGAGAAAAUCGACCAGCUGGAGAAGAACUUGGAGCUUAAGUUUGAUGUGCUGGAUGAGAACCAGAGCAAGCUGAGCGAGGACCUGAUGGAGUUCCGCAGGGAUGCCUCCAUGCUGAACGAUGAGCUUUCCCACAUCAACGCUCGGCUCAACAUGGGCAUCCUGGGCUCCUAUGAUCCUCAGCAGAUCUUCAAGUGCAAGGGGACCUUUGUGGGACACCAGGGCCCUGUGUGGUGCCUGUGCGUUUACUCCAUCGGAGACUUGCUCUUCAGUGGCUCUUCAGACAAAACCAUUAAGGUGUGGGAUACCUGUACCACAUACAAGUGCCAAAAGACCUUGGAGGGUCACGAUGGAAUUGUACUGGCUCUCUGCAUCCAGGGGAACAAGCUGUACAGUGGCUCUGCUGACUGCACCAUUAUU